AUGAGAACAGUCCGAAUCCGGACGGGUUCUGCGAUUCGCCUCGUCGUCGUAUUCCUUGUUGUUUCUUGUCUACUGUACACGUUCGCGUUCCCGCAUUCUGAUUCUGAACAAAAAGAGGCAAAGAAAGCGAAAAAACAUGCAAAGCACCAUUCCGAAGCCAAGGACAAAGAAUAUCCGGAUUUCGGCGCAGUGAAAGAGGAAGUAAAAGACCCUCUUGAUAUUGACCGAAAAGUUCUCCCUGAUCGACACGAGUCUGAUCUCGAGUUUCCACACAUUGGAGGCAAUGAAGUUGAUUUCAACGAGAGACGAAAAGCUCCAACUGUUGUUAAAAAUUCUGGUCGCAAACCAGAAACGAUGAAGACCUGGGAUGGACGAACUGUGACUCUGGUUGGUCGAGGAAUAGACGAAAAUGUUCCAGAGCCAUAUUACCGACCUGACGGAAAAGAUGGCAAUUGGGAGCACAAUCCUCCCAUUGAUGAGACUGGCCAUGAUGGUCCAGGAGAGCGAGGAGCAUCUGUUCAUACUCUGCCAGAAGAAGAAGAGCAUGUCAAAGAAAUCAUCAAAGAAUUCGGCUUCAACUUGGUCAAUUCCGAUAAAAUUUCCAUGGACCGAUUGCCCAAAGAUCUUCGUGACAAGGAAUGCGUCUCAAUCGACUACCCAGAAAAGCUUCCAAUGGUGUCUGUCGUCGUUGUCUUCCACAAUGAAGGAUGGGGACCUCUCGUAAGAACCUUCCACUCAGUCGUUAAUCGAACUCCUCCAGAACUUCUCGGUGAAAUCGUCAUCAUUGACGACGGAUCCAUCAUCAAAGACAAACCCCAUCUUGGCCAGCCUCUAGAAGAGUACAUCAAGCGAUGGAACGGAAAAGUGAAGCUUUACAGAAACGCUCGACGAGAGGGCCUCAUUCGAGCGCGCUCAAUUGGCGCUCAGCAUGCUACUUUUGAAGUCCUUGUCUUCCUCGAUGCUCAUUGUGAGGCUGGAUACAAUUGGCUGCCGCCACUUAUUGCGCCCAUUGCUAGAAACGAUAGAAUUUCAACAGUCCCACUUAUCGACUCCAUUGACGGCCAGCGUUACACUUUCAGUGGCCAAGCCGGUGGAGAUAGCCACGGACGCGCCCAAGGAGGAUGGGAAUGGAACUUUUGUGGAAGAGAUACCCACUUCCGAAGAAAGACCAUGGCUGGAGGACUUUUCGCCAUCAACAGAGAGCAUUUUAACAAUGUUGGAAUGUACGACCCAGGACUGGAGAUUUGGGGCGGGGAGCAGUAUGAAAUCUCUUAUAAACUUUGGAUGUGCGGCGGAGGCGUGUACUUUGUUCCAUGCUCAAGAGUCGGUCACGUCUACAGACUUGAAGGAUGGGGUGGAAAUCCACCACCAGAAUAUGUUCCUUCAAAUCCUUCUUUCAGAAAUUACAGAAGAGUUAUCGAAGUUUGGUGGGACGACUGGGCAAAGUACUUUUACUGGAACCGACCGGAGUUGCAAAAGCUCGACUACGGUGAUGUUAGCGAACAAGUCAAGUUCCGACACGAUCACUGUCCCCACAACUUCACCUGGCUGAUGGAAGAAGUCGCUUAUGGAAUCACAGACAUGUACGACGCUCCAAAUGAGCUCCUUGCUUGGGGCGAAAUCAGAGGCAAAGGGUCUAACAUCUGCGUCGAUUCUAUGGGCCACAAAGAUAAUGAUGGCCCCGCAGAGUCCUGGUAUUGUCACAAACAAGGAGGAAACCAACUCUUCAGAAUCCACGCUGGUGGUUUUAUUGCUCAAAAUCUUCAAUGUCUCUAUCCAGCGAGUGACAACUCAAAGAUGAACAUCCAUGCAUGCGAAAGAGUCAACAGCCCUUCGAACGCAUGGAAAUUCAAUCUCGAUACAGAUGGAACAUUCCGUUACAAAGGCAAAUGUCUGACCAGAAGCAAUGAUGCAGAUAAACCCACUGGACCCUUAACUAUUGAAGACUGCCGACCCGAUGACAUUUACCAGCAAUGGGAAGUCAACGAAGAAGCCGUCUUAUAA